AUUGUUUGACGUUUUACGCUAGAUAGUGUGAUGCACCUUUUCAGAAAGUUCCACUUUUGUUGCUUGCUACUCUUGUUGCUUCCAUCGGUGUCAUUUUAGCCCAGUUUUUUUUAAUUGCUGAAACAUGACCACUGACCUUAAUUGAGCCAAGAGAAGUCUGUAGUGCUUUAGAUGUAGUUACUGUUUAGUAAUUUUGGUUGGCUAGUCACUCCAAAGAAAAUCCAUUACUGUUCCAUGCAGUCUCAAUUUGUAGAUAAUGGCUCCCAUCAUGGGUUAUUGGAUUCCUAAGGAAUUAUAAAGCUUUGUAAGCAUUUAUCUAGGCUGAUAAAUGUUAGUGAUUAUAUAGUAAUUAUAUAGUUAGUGAUCUAGCAGUAAUCAAGUCUGGGUGUGGUGAGUACAAUUAGCCAAAAAAUUUUUAAUCACCUUUAAAUCACGAUUUAACAAGAUGACAAUUACUUUCUCCACAUUAGACAGCUUUUGUUUAGAUAGCUUUUUUCCUUUAUAAAAAAAAAGAAGCAUUACAGAAUAAAAAUAUGAGUUGCAAAAGUUAAAUAUCCUUUUUAUGUAAUCAGAUAAUUAAUUUUGUGGGAGCUGAAAGUGCUUUUUAUGUAAAUGUGUCUUAGUUUACCUUGUAUGUUACAAAACGGCAAGAUCCAAAAUCCUGGAAAAAGCGACUGAUCAUGAUGUCAAAUCGUUUAAUUUUAAACGAACACCACUAUUGUCACGAAUUAAAAUUUAUUGUAUGCGGUACAAUAAAUGUGGGUGAUCUGGAUUAUUUUCAGUAAUUCGACAUGAUGAAUAAAAGAGUUUCGAAAUUUCCGACAGCCGUGAAGGCUCCCAAGUCAACGUCAAAAACAGGAAGUGGUUUCCGCACAUACUUCUGUUAAAGUGAGUGAGUUUUGCCGCUUGUUUCGCUGUAGUAACAUAUGACUGUUUUGACUGUUAUAAAAGGUGGUUCAGAUGUUGAAAUAGAUUGCAUUAAAAGGCUAAAUCAAUUCUUCGUCCAAGCCUCCUGUUUAAAACAUGCAGACGGAGAAAGUAGAAGAGGAGGAUGCUCCUGAAGAGUAUGUUGCCCUGUGUGAUUUCACUGCAAGCGGCUCUGAGCAGUUGAGUUUCAUCACAGGAGACAAGCUGCUUGUGCACAACAAGUCUUCAGCAGAUUGGUGGUGGGCAGAACUGCAGGGGGUGAUCGGUUAUGUUCCUGCCAGCUAUCUGCGCCUGGAUGGUGCUGAGGAGGGGGACGACGCAUCCUUAGAGGACCCCUGGCAGGAUGACGAAUACUUCGGCAGCUACGGGACACUGAGGCUUCACCUGGAGAUGCUGUCGGACCGGAGCCGCACCGAGACGUACCGACAGGUUAUUGUCAGCAACAGCGCUUCACUUAGGGAUAAGGUGGUGAUGGACCUCGGCUGUGGGACCGGCAUUAUCAGCAUGUUCUGUGCUCAGCUGGCAAAACCUUCUAUGGUGUAUGCUGUAGAGGCGAGCUCUAUGGCGGAGCACACCAGACAGCUGGUGAAGCAGAACGGCUGUGAGGAGGUGGUCACUGUGCUGCAGGGGCGAGCAGAGGAGCUUGAGCUGCCAGAGCAGGUGGACAUCCUGGUGUCUGAGUGGAUGGGAAACUGUCUGCUGUUUGAGUUCAUGGUGGAGUCGGUCCUCUUGGCCAGGGAUCGCUGGCUCCGGGACGGCGGUGUGAUGUGGCCCUCCUCAGCAGCUUUAGCUCUGGUUCCAUGUCAGGCCGACAGCUACUACACAGAGACAAUGGCCUUCUGGGAGCGACCUUAUGGCCUGGACUUCACACCACUACAGCCUUUGGCACAGCAGGAGUUCUUCACCAAGCCAAAGUUCAGCCAUCUUAUUGACCCUGAGGACUGUCUCUCUGCUCCCUGUGAUGUCAUCUGCCUUAACAUGUACACUGUUCAAGUGAGAGACCUUGAGGUAUCAAAUGGACUUCUCUAUUACAAGAGACCACAGUUCUUAUCUGUUUAUCUUUUGAUACUAAUGGAGCACAGUUUCAUUUCUCAGGAAAUGAAGGGCGAGUUUCAGUUUUGUGUGGAGAAGCCUGGAAUUUUCCACGGAUUCACGGCCUGGUUCACUGUUCUGUUUGAAAGCCUGGAGAUGGGAGGAGCAACAGUGGAGCUCAACACCGGACCAAACUCAGACCUCCAUGUGGGUUUAAUAAGUUUCUGCUGGACAACUGUCAAGUCAACAAUCGUCUCCACGAUUAUUCCAACCCAUUGGAAGCAGACUUUGUUCAUGCUGGACAGGCCGAUCCAGGUGUACGCCGGAGACUCCAUCCAUGGAAACAUUGUCCUGCGCAGAAACCCAGUGUGGAGACGCCACAUGACCGUUACGCUGCACUGGAACAUCAACAGCAACACGGACGACUCCCAGGCUGGGACAAAAAGUUUCCCCAUGUGGAGGUGACUGGUUUGUGGCGAAUCAACAGUAAACCAGUCAAAUAUGUCCACUUUUUGCCCAUGAGCUGCUGCUGACCAGUGAUCAGAAGCGGUUACUGAAAACGUGACACCCAGAGAGCUACCUGGCAGGACAUUUGAGUCUUUAGUGAUGCAUCUGAUCGCUACAGGAACAGGUGAUCACACAACAGGUCAUUCUUUAAGAGCAGCAUGUGGCUGAAAAGAAGAAGCCGAGGAGUCACUGAUUGGGGAAAAUAGGGGUCAUUGAAGGAGUAGCAAGAUACUCUUUCAGGUACAACAGAAAAAGAAUGUUUUAAUCUUUAUUACACUCAAAUCUUUACAAUGGCUUUUUAUAAAAAGAGCUUAAUUUACAUUUUCACUUAUUUAACUGAUAUUCAAUUAUUUAAACACCUAAAGAUAAGAGGAUUUUUUGUUAAUUAGUUUUUCAUGUUAAAGUAAGCAAUACAUUAAGAAUUGGUGGAUUACCAGUAACAAGCUAACGUAAUCAUUUAAAAAGUCAAAACUGCUAAAACACUCCUGUUGAGGUGCACUACUAAACUGCUGGGUAAAACUUGUCUUCUAAACUUAGACAAUAUUUGCAUAAAACACAAGUCAGGGUCUGGUAGCUAAACCCAGCAACCUUAUAAAGGCAAAACUGUUAUAAAAAUACAGUUUGUAAACUAUGACAGAGAGAAAGUCCAUUUAACCAUUAUAUAUUACUUUUUUUACUCCACAAAGAAUGUCAAAAAAGUCCAAUGACCCGCCAUUACAUUUAGUUGGUGAGAAUUAUAAAGAUUGUGCAUUUCCACUGUAGGAACCUUUUUACAGGAACUAGAGUAGUAUUCAGAUUUGUCACUGCAGUUAGUGCAUUGUUUAUACCUUCUGGUAAUUUUAAAACAUAAAAAACAGUAAUUGGCAUUUUUGUUUGUCAACACAUUUGAAUCCAGCCACACAUGUUGAAUAUCAGUGUUUUACACUGUAGCUGAUUUUAAUUAAUACAUUAAAUCUCAUAACCUUACUGAAACUCAACGAACAAUAAGGAGGUAAUGCUCUCAAGGCUUUUUUGUUAUGAGUUUAAUCCAUUUUAUGUGUUUAAGUUUCAGGAUUCAAACCGAAAAUAUCGCCACCUCAAAAGUCUAUCAUUAAAUUUAAGCCUUAAUGAAACAGAUGCAGGUCGUUUGAGUCUCAUAGUGCUACUUUGUUAUAAAUCUAACCCAUUGCAGAUGGGUUAGAUUUAAUCUGAGUUUUAUUUUAUUUCAUCUGCUGUGUCAUAUCUACUGAGUAAAAACCGCACAAUGAGUUUGGCUCUAGAUCAUAAGGUUGUAAUCUUGAGCUUUUCCCACCUUUCCUGUUGCUCUAAAAAAGUUUGUAUAUAGAAAAAUCUGAUAGAGAAAUUCAAUUAAGCUUGUCACAAUUAUUUCUUUUUUUUUUUAUUCUAGAAGUCCAUAUAGUGAAGAUGAGCACCAAUGGUUCAGCUGUAGACUGAAAGUAAACUUUUGGACCUCACAGUGGAAAUGCACAAAUCUGACAUAUAAAGAACAAAGAAAUACUCCAAUAAAUAAUGUUCCACAUGGUCAAAAUAAAACAUAUUAAAAAUUAAAAUAAUAAAUAUGUGGUAUAGAUAACAUACUUGUAAGUCUAUUUUUUUUCUGUAGCAAAAGACAUGAUUGUUCCUUUGCUAUUUUUAAAUAAAACAAUUAUGUUUUAUAUUUCCAAUUAUUCUUAUCCUUUGUUCUCUUACCAUGAUAUCUUACAUUGGGCCGUACCUUUUACAAAAAUGUUGUAUAGCUUUGCACACAUGGGGUUGCAGAUAAUAAAACUAGAUUACGAAAUGAGAUGAAAGUAGGACAGAUAUAUUCUGUGUGCACAAUGAUAAAUCAAGUAAUAUGGGGGGGAUGCAAACUGCAGAGGACUUGAGAAGAAUCAAGAGAAGCUACCAAGAACUACAUUUAUCUUGUAUUUGUAUUAUAUUCCAUAACCGCAUCCUACAUGGAGGAUGUAGGAAGAAAAAUGUACAGUGAAGAAAAACAGUCCGCCAUGUUGGAUUAACCCAGAUUAACUGAGGUAUAAGAUGCUCGGAGACAUGACCGAGGUAAGGAAGGCUAAAACCUGAACAUCACAGAACAAGAAAAAUAAUCUGAAGCGUAUGGACUGUGCCAAGUAAUAUCUGAAGACAGAUUUUUCAGAGGUUUUAUGGCUUGAUGAAAUGAGAGUGGCCUGAUGGGCCUGGUGGAUGGACAUGUGGAUCAGUAAUGGGCACAGAGCUCCAAGACAGAUGUCAAGGUGGAGCUCAUUAUUAAGGAUGAGCUAACUGGAUCUUUUCGGGUUGAAGAUGGGCUCAAAAUCGACUCCCAAAGAUACGCCAGUUUCUUCAGGUAGCACUACAGGAAGAAGUGUACAUCUUUCAAAAAGACAAUGAUUUUUAUGCAGGAUAAAGGCUCACCAGAAAAGGUGUUAAAGGUGGAAAAAACUGCUGACAUAUGUUCCUCACCUGACCUGUGGGCAGUUAAACAGGAAAUGUACAGUGAAGAAAAACAGUCCGCCAUGUUGGAUUAACCGAGAACACUGUAUGAAUGAAUACUGUAUGCUUAUUAAUAAAAACAAGGUUUGCCUGA